UCUCGCUUGAGUGCUUUGGCCCCGCCCCCUGGUCCCUGUCGGCAGCGGCAGAGGGUUGUCACCCUUUUCCCCUUCCCUCUUUUCUUUCCCCCUCCCUCGUCCUCCCCUCACAGGUCGCGAGGCAAGAAGAGCGGCAGAGCACGCGACGCUGCGAAAGAGAGAGCGGAGGCGCGGGCGCGAGACGGCCGGACGAAGGAGGAGGAGGGGGCCGCCGCCGCGCGUGCGCCCCCAGAGAAGAAGAGGAGGGGGAGGAGCGGUUUCCCAAGUGUUCUGUUUCACAUUAUGGACUGAACCACCUCCAACCAGGUUCUGUUGGGAAGGAGUAACCGCUGUGUCUGUACACUGCAUUUUGCCAUUAGCUUAACCACAGAAAAGAUAAUCCACAACAGGGUAAAUGAGUCAGAAUGGAUCAGGAAGGUGGGGGUGACUUCCAGAAAACCCCUAACUUCCAGUGGAGAAACUACAAGCUCAUCAUUGACCCAGUACUCAAACAGGGACCUCACAAGAUCUACCGUUACGAUGGAGUGCAUUUCAGCACCAAUGAUUCGCGCCAUGUCCCCGUGUGUGAUGUGCAGGAUCCUAGACGCAGGAAAUGGUCUAAAAACAGAGACAUUUCCCUGCCUGUCCCAAAGUUUAAGCUGGAUGAGUUCUAUGUGGGUCAGAUCCCUCUGAAAGAGGUGACCUUUGCCCGUCUCAAUGACAACAUCAAGGAGCCCUUCCUGGCUGACAUGUGCAAAAAAUAUGGAGACAUUGAGGAGAUUGAGAUCCUCUACAAUCCCAAAAACCGCAAGCACCUGGGCCUGGCCAAGGUGCUCUUCACCAGCACAAGGGGGGCCAAGGAAACAGUGAAGAAGCUGCACAACACUUCAGUCAUGGGCAACAUCAUUCAUGCCCAACUCGACAUCAAAGGUCAGCAGCGAAUGAAGUAUUAUGAACUGAUUGUGAAUGGCUCCUACACACCCCAGACUGUCCCCACUGGGGGCAAAAUAAUCAAUGAGAAGUUCCCAGCAGACUCGUCAGAGUCCCAAAGGCGCCACUCAACUGAUUCCUCCUACCCUAGUAACACAAUGCCUUCAACGCCUGGCAACGGCACACCUUGCUCUCAGGACACUCCCUAUUCCAGUGGCAGGCAGGACACACCUUCGUAUGGCCAGUACACGCCACAGUCUUCCCAGGGGACUCCGUACACCCCCCGGGGAGGGACACCAUAUUCCCAAGAUUCUGCUUACUCCAGCAGGCAAGGGACUCCUGUCUACUCUAGCUACCAGCCAGAGUCAACAUUGUACAAAUCCCGCCGACAUGAGAACAGCUUUUCAGACUCGUACUCCCGCCGGCAUUAUUCUUCUUCGUCCUCCUCGUCCUCGUCCUCCUCGUCCUCUUCCUCCUCCUCUCACUACCGCAGCAAUGACCAUCACUACCCACCCUACAGUCAACAGUUUGAUGGCAGCGGCAGCAGCAGUAGUGCUGCCAUAGCCAGCAGCAGCCGGUACCAGCGUCUCUCAUCCACCUCUGAAGGGCGGUCGUCUUCCUCCUCCUCCUCCUCUCAUCGCUCUCACCAAAGAGAGGACUCUGGCUUCCAUUCCCGGCAUAGGGAGCGCUCCCAGCGGGAGGAUGCUACUCCUUCUGCCACCCCCACCCCUGCCACCACCCCCACCCCUGCCGCCACCCCCACCCCCUCCUUGUCUUCGGCUGUGGCAACAGCAUCAGAUGGUGCUCAGUUCCAGAACAGUCACAGUUUUGCUCAGCAGAGUGCAGAGCACUUUCCAGCACCCAGUGUGCUCUACCCAUCUUAUGCAGCCACUCCGGAUCCAUUCUCUCUCCCGGCUGAAUCUCACGCCGUGGACCAGGACUACCGUCUGCUCCCCACAGCUGAAACUUUUGCUGCCAAUUCCUUGCCUCCCACCGAAUUUCUUGCUCAGGAAACUAAAGAGAACAUCAGCCCAGCAGUGACAGCAGCACUAGGGGCGGAGGAACAGUCCCGUUCUCCUGCUGUGCAGACCUCGCCAACCCGAUCUGGCUCCCCCGCACCUGAGACUACCAAUGAGAGCGUCCCCUUUGCUCAGCAUAGCAGCUUGGACUCGCGCAUUGAGAUGCUGCUGAAGGAGCAGAGGUCCAAGUUCUCUUUCCUCAAUUCAGACACCGAAGAGGAAGAGGAGGAGAAGGGGGCGCCCAAGGGAGUGGAACCACAUGGGCCCUGCACUCCCCCGCCGCCCCUUCCAGUCAGCUUUGAAGAUGUGGUGCCAGCAGCGGACGUGGCAUCAGGAGCAGAAUCUCCCAAAGCCAAUGGACAAGACAAAGCAUCUCAGCAGUCUUCAGGUGAAGAUAUGGAAAUCUCUGAGGAUGAAGCAGAGGUGGAGCCCCCAACCCCUGUGGCAGGGGUGUCUGAACCCCAUUUUUCUGUGAUGCCAUCAGCCCUCAGCCACAUGCCAUUGGGUGUGUCCUCCUUUACUCCCCACCACCGGCCAGAGUUGCCCCCUACCUACCCAAUACAGCCUCUCAUGUCUGUCUCCCUCCCACAUCUGGCGAGUAAAACCCAUUCGCUCUCCAACUAUGGCCAGGUGGGCCCACGGCAUGCUCACCGCCUCUCGGACUUCAGAGGACGGGCGGGUGUGGUAGGCGGAGGCCGAGGUGCCCCCCACAUCUAUGACUUUGUCAACUCUAUGGAGCUGAUGAACCGGCUGGGCAACCAAUGGGGCGGGAUGCCCAUGUCCUUCCAGAUGCAGACCCAGAUGCUGAGCCGCCUGCAGCAGCUGCAUCAGAGCAAAGGCCAGUUUGAGGACCCUUUUCCCUACCACCGGGAGGCGGCUUCUUUCUGUGGCCGGCCCCUCUAUGGCCAUGGCUAUCUACUGGACCAGGGUAGCCGCCACUUCCAGAGAGACCAGUUGUUCAUGCAACAGCUAUCGGCAGUGGGGGUCUCAGAACAGCAGCAGCAGCAACAGCAUUCCUCGGAGCAGCCCCCUCUGCCACCCCCGCAACGUCUACUUGAUUUCCGAGCAGCCCCAUGGGGUUACCAGGAGGAAAUGGCCCCACCCCCACCUCUCCCCAAGGACCCCCAUGCCUCUGUAGUGGACAGUGUCCUUGCAACACUUAUGCAGGAGAUGAAGAGCAUCAUGCAGCGUGACCUCAACCGCAAGAUGGUGGAGAAUGUGGCUUUCAACACCUUUGACAAGUGGUGGGAGCGCAAGGAGGAGAAGGCCAAGCCUUUCCAGAGUACGGUUAAGCAGCCAACCAAGGAAGAGGAGAAGGAUAAAACGAAAUUAAAAGACCCUGCCCUGCUAUCCCUAGUUGACUGGGCCAAGAGUGGUGGUACCGGUGGCCUGGAAGGGUUUGGCUUUGGGACUGGCUUUCGAGGAGUUCUCAGACUCCCAUCCUUCAAGGUGAAAAGGAAAGAGCCAUCAGAAAUCUCAGAGGACAGUGAAGUGAAGCAGCCAUGUCCUUCUACUCUUGCCGAAGAGGAUGAGGAGGAUAAAGAUUCCUCAGAGAUACACAAGGCUUCCAAGAGAGACGAUGAGCGGAUCAAAGGCCCAGGGAAACGGCGGAAACUUUUCUGCCUGGACAGCGAGGGAGAGGAAGCAUCUGAGGACUCAUCUUCUGAGAAGGAGGAGGAGGAAGAGCGACGGAGGGAGGAAGAUGAAGACGGUGCCAGGAAACAUGGCAAGAAGGUGGAGGAAUCUGAAGGCGAGAGCGAUGGCUCCUCCAAGUAUUCUCUUUAUGAAGAAUCUGAUGAGGACAGUGACAGCACUUCUGACUCGGAGAGCAGCUCUUCAUCCUCCUCUUCCUUGUCCUCCUCCUCAUCUGACGAGGAGGAACCUGAAAGCAUGGAGGAAAUGGAUGAGCCCGCCAUAGGCAGCUGCCCUACUGAGCUACUGAGAGAGAUGGAAGAGAGAGCACGACAAGCUGCAGACACUGAGCGGGGCAAGAAGAAACCAGAAGCAGGACUGCUCCAAGGCCAUGUGGUGGAAGAGAAGCCUGCUUCUUGGAAGGAAAGCAUCCCAGUCCCACCACUAGAGGAGAAGGAUGCUGGAACAGCACCAGAGGAGCGGCCCCGGCCAGAAGAGCGACCUUCCUCACCUAUCCCACUUUUGCCACCACCCAAGAAACGCCGAAAAACAGUCUCUUUCUCAGCUCCGGGUGAAGAUGACGAGAUGAAGACGACCUUGGAGAAACCACCUGAACUGGCUCCUUCAGUUCUUCUGCCCCCACCACCCCCUCCUCCUCUUCCGCCUCCUCCUGUCCCCACAGAAGAAGCACAGCCCCCAUCAGUGCCUGUGGAGCCCUUGUUACUGCCCCAAGUGUCCUUAAGCUCAGGUGCCCCAACUCGUCCAGUUGCCGGUUCCCUGCCUCCUGCAGCAUCCCCUGUCAAGGCAGCAGCCCCUUCCAGCCGCAAGAGGGAGCCCCCAAAAGCCAGCCAAAGAACAAUCAGCAAUCUGCCAGCUGACCAUGCUUCCCUUGUGAAAUGCUGGUCAGAAGAGCUGCUGCCAGCGGGUCGAUCGCGCAGCCGCUCUCGCUCCCGGACCUCAGUGCCCCUGCGGGUACCCCAGCCCCCAGAGGAAGACUGGCUGCACACGCGUGAACAAAUGGGGGCAUCCUCGCUGCUUGAGCUGGCAAAUCAACCCGACCUGGCUGUGUUGGCAGAUGUGGCCCUGAAGAUGCCUGUUGGUGCAGGCAGCGAAGACUCUGAGGAGACGGAGACCUCUGAUGAGGCUGAAGAGCCCAAGGCCCUACCGCCAGCUCCUGUGCUGUCCCUGGAGGUCAGCAGCAUUCUGAUGGAGCAUAACUACGCAAUGGCUGUCCGUGCAGCGCCAGCAGCUGCCCCCCGGAAAUCAGACGCGGUGUUGCUUGGCUCCGCUGACCUGUUGCGGGUGGAUUUGUACAGUGAGCACAUUGGCGAGGUCCUGGAGGCUCCUGAGGAGGUGGUGGCAGAUGCCAGCGAGGUCAAAGCUGAGCCUGAUGUGGGUGAACUUGUUGCAUUGCCCCCUCCACUUCCUCCGCCGGCUGAGAAGCCCAAGGCAGCUGUCCCAGAGCAGCAGCAGCAGCAAACACAGGCCAAGAAGCACCCCCCUUGGCUCAAGGAGGAGGCAUUAAAGGACCUGGGGUCAUUGCAGUUUGGGCCUGAGGAUCUGUUUCCUUCAGAGAGCGAGGAGGAGGAGGAGGAGGAAGAUGAGGAGGAGGAGAGCGCCGACAGCAGCGACGAAGGGGAGAUCCGCAGGCGCUCCCUGCGCUCCCACUCACACAAGCACACCCCAGCUCAGCCGCCUCUGCUGCCCCCUGCCUUUGAGACACGCAGUGAGUUUGAGCAAAUGACUAUUUUGUAUGACAUCUGGAACUCGGGGCUAGAUUUGGAGGACAUGAAGUACCUGCGACUGACGUAUGAGCGCCUGCUGCAUGAGGACAACAGCACAGACUGGUUAAAUGAUACUCACUGGGUGCACCACACCAUCACAAACAUUGCAAACCCCAAGCGGAAGCGCAAGUCAUCAGACCUGCGGGAGCAUCAGACGGGCUGUGCCCGCAGCGAGGGCUAUUACCACAUCAGCAAGAAAGAGAAGGACAAGUACCUUGAUGUGUGCCCAGCCACUGUGCAGCAGCUUGAUGCUGCCGAUACGCAGGGCACCAACCGCAUCCUGUCAGAACGGCGAUCUGAGCAAAGGCGCCUGCUCAGUGCCAUUGGCUCCUCUGCCAUUCUUGAUAGCGAUCUUCUGAAACUUAACCAGCUGAAGUUCCGCAAGAAAAAGCUACGGUUUGGUCGGAGUCGAAUUCAUGAAUGGGGCCUCUUUGCCAUGGAGCCAAUCGCUGCUGAUGAGAUGGUCAUCGAGUACGUGGGUCAGAAUAUCCGGCAGGUGGUGGCUGACAUGCGUGAGAAGCGGUACGCCCAGGAGGGCAUUGGGAGCAGCUACCUUUUCCGUGUGGACCAUGACACAAUAAUCGAUGCCACCAAAUGUGGCAACCUAGCCCGCUUCAUCAACCACUGCUGCACGCCCAAUUGCUAUGCCAAAGUCAUCACCAUAGAAUCCCAGAAGAAGAUUGUCAUCUAUUCCAAACAGCCCAUCAGCAUCAACGAGGAGAUCACUUAUGACUACAAAUUCCCGAUUGAGGAGAACAAGAUUCCUUGUCUCUGUGGCACAGAGAAUUGCCGGGGCACCCUGAACUGAGACAUAACCCUGGUGUUCGUAUUUAUUUUGUCUCUCCCCCCCCCCGUUCAGACCCUUUUCUCACCUAUCACCCAUAGCUCAACUUCUCUUGCCACAUAGUUGUGGUGGGAAAACACUCAGUCGCCUUAAGACCCAUCCAGAUACCUUUUAAGUUCCUAGCUAAUGAAAAAGCACUUCCCUCUCCUCAGGUUCUAAUCAACGAGAAGUCCCCUUUUCCUCCCAGCCAAUCAGAAAUGCUUCUCACCUCCCAGCCAAGCUGCCAAUAUUUUUGUGUGUGUGUGUGUUGCAAUCAUUUUUGCUCUAACCCUCAACUUCUCCCUGGGGAAAUUAUAAAACAAAACAUUGUACAUUCUGACUCUGCAGAAGUCAAAUAUCCUUCCCUUUCCAGCUUUAGAAAGCCUGGGAAUUAGUUGUGGCUAAUUCUGCACGGCCAACAAGCCCUGCUUCUAAGCUCAGAGAACAGAAAUCAGUAAGUGGUUUCCUUUCUAGGUUUUCAUCUAUUUCAGUUUAUGGCUCUCCAGCACACAGUCGUUAUUAGCCACUGACUUUGAGAAUGGCAAGUUGCGAGCAAGACUUCCCACAAAACCUUUUGAGACAGUGGAAGGCUCAGUGCCCCCUGAGGGCGUGGAUGCUAGUCGGUAGUUAGAGCUAAGAACUGUCAAAACCCCUGAAAUUUAAGAAUGGUUGGGCAUUUUGUCCUCCCACCCCAUUUCCUCCAAAGAGAAGGGUGUGUUGGUGAGUUUGGAGAGUUUGCUCUGGGUUAAAGAUUGCUCUUGAAAUAUUGCUGCAUGUGACCAGGAUGUGCUGGGAGAGGAGGAAUUGUUAUUCUGCCACAUCAUUAGGCUAUAUUUGUCAUCAUGGGCAAAGACGAACCUCCUUGUUUGAGGCUCUCUCCUAAUAGAAUCACCAUCCUGUUAAUUCUUCCUCCUUCCAAGCACUUGAGGCCAGAGACAUAGAGGUCCUGAAAGCCAGUCGUUCAUAUUGCAGCCUCCCUGUCCCAUUCCUUUCCUGUUUCUUUUUAUCCUGUAACGUCUAGUAAGAAGGUGGGGGGGGAGUAGCCAUAAUAAUGAAGGGGAGUUGAGUUUCUUUCCUUGCUACAGUUAUGGCUUCAACCCAUGCUGAUUUGCGGUAUAAGCUAAGACCAUCCCACACACCCACCCCUAAUAAUUUUUCUUUAGGAGAAGAAAGUUGUGUAUAUAUCUAUUCCAGAUGGAUUGGCUGUUUCUUGUAGAAACAUACACGUUUAUUAGUAUGUAAAUAUUUUAUUUUGUUUUCCUCUUCAUACUAAAAAGAAAACUGUAAAUAACAUUGCAUUGUAUUUCCUUCUCCUAUUUCUUAUCCUCACUUGCACUGUGCCUCCCUUUUCCUUUGAUGCCGAGUGGGAUUUUUUCUCUCUCCUGGGGCAGCGAGGGGGAGUGUAUAACCUUCUGAAUGGUGCAUUGUCAGGGUCAAAAAGCAUAUUUCUUUAUUUCUUCCAAAUGGGAGUCAGUCUUGAAAGUGAAAGGCUUUAAAAGUAGACAUAAGGAAAUAUUCUAAGAGAAUUUUGUUUCUUUUUAAAGUUAGAUCAUUCUGUCUGCCCUGUUUAUCUUAUAAAUAGUGUUGAAUUGAA